AUGUUUAAUCUGAAAAUGAUCACCGUUAUUCCAACUAAACGUUGGAGCUUUAAGGUAGCUAAUUAUUGGAUGAUUGUGUUGUGCGGUUGGUUAUUGAUAUUGAGUGGAGCUGGCGCAGCAAUUGAUAGGGCACAACCAGACCGGGCCAUUCAAGUAUUAUAUCCGACUCCGACAGAGACAGUGUGGAUUCUGAAAUCACAUGGGUUUGCAUUUAUUCAUCAAGACAAGAAGAUCGAGGUUAUACCCUAUGAUCACAAGACCAGCACAACACUAUCUAAUCCGAACGAAACUAUACCCAGUUACACAAUAGAAUGCACGGGAUCGGAUCUCAGCUUUACAAUACCGAGUUAUUCAGACGCAAAAACAGCAAGGGCGGCUUUGUAUGGACUACGAAGGAUUGCCUCUAUUAGAACGAGCAUUUUUUAUCUUUCUUAUCUAACAGCUAAUUCAAAAUGUCAUCAGGAAAACAUGCAAAUUAUAUCUCGUGUUAUUAACCUGGUUGAGUGUAAAGCUCUCUGUCUUCAUUUGAAUUCUAAAUUAGGAAAGAGCGAGAAUGUUGGCAGGCUAGAUUUAGAGCUCUGCGAAAUAGAAGCGCAGAGCACAUUCAACCAUGUUAUUUAUGACGAACCGUGCCAGUUUUCUCUUUCAAGCCAAAUGAAUGAUAGGCUUCCGGAUUUGAGAUAUUUUGGUAUUAUCUUAUUGCGGCCAAUUACAAGUGUUGUUUUGACUGCCUAUGGUCUUCAAAAUACGCACAUGCUUAAUAAUUUGCGACUAGUGAAUGGUUACACUCUCACUAUUAAUGGAAUUUCCAAAACAGCUUAUAUAGAUCUCUCAGCCCUUCAACCGCCUUCCUCUAAAUGCAACCAAAUCACCAUUAGUGUUGUUCGUGACGCGAAGGUAGAAAUAACGGGUCUGGAGAAUGCAGUGGCAAACCAUCCGGAAAUAGCUCUGAAGGCGCCAUGGGCAACAUUGCAGCACCUAGGCGAACAAAACGCGACCACCAUCAAGGUGUAUAACAUUUUAGGUCUUGAUGCCACCCAGGAUUUCAUCCAGUUAAUGCUUAACUCACCCCAACCCAAAUCACCUUCCAAGACUCAAGUUACUGCAACUAUUGCCACAGUUGAGGUGGAUCCUACGAUGCCAUGCAAUGCCCUGGAUGUGUACAACCAAGUCUACAACCCAGAAACCUAUGCCAAAUAUGGUAUACGGGUGGAAAGGGUCCAUAUAAAUUAUAAGAACGGACGAACCGACUUGUAUGAGACUAUAGAUACACUGUAUCAGUUAGGUGCAUUGCCGGCCUCAAUAAAAGAGAAGGUAAAACAGAGUGGGGUUGUAUGCUGUGGCUCAAAAAUCAGCCUAGAUGAUUGGAAGCUAACCGGCCAGCUUAAUAUUCCACUCUAUCACCCCCAAUUAAGCGGCCAUCUCCGCCAAUACAAAGCUUGCCAUGUCUGUUUUUGCCAGAAUAUACACUACCCCAUCCUUAAUAUUAAUGGAGACAAAACUCCAAGGAAGCGGCAGGCUAAGCUGUGCCACAACCUUUUAGAUCUCUUCCGAAGCAUCACUGCCACCGAACUCAAGAUUUCUAAUACGCGCGAAGACCGGCAACCCAACAGAGACUUUGAUCUAAACACUUUAAAGAAGGAGCUCGGCAAAAAGCCCAAGUAUCUUCUUAAUGUUGCGAAGUUAACCCUAGACAAUGUUGAUAUGUCCAUUAUUUACAGAAUGCUAGGGCGUUAUGUCUUUGAGAAGCCAACAGAGGUGCAUAUUUUGAAUCAAACUUUCUCCAAUCUGGCUAUUGCUCAGGUUCUUGGUAUGCUUGAAAGUCAGAACAUUGCAUUCAUAGUGAUCAAUGACUUCCAUAAACUAAACGAAGUUCGGCAUUACAACCAGCAAGACCAAAUCGAAGGAUUCUCCCUACUUAGCUAUGUAAAGGAGCAGUCCAGAGAAGGCAAAACCGUUAAAGAUCUGCAUCUAGACAAGCUAUUCCUUCAAACAGGAGAAACCGACUUUAGUUUGGAUGAUGAAGUUUUGGUUGGAUUGUUAUCCUAUGGCAUUAAGAUUUCAACCACAUCGUGUGGUGCAUAUCUUAAAGCUCUAGCAAUGUACGACAGUCAGUACUCUCUGUCGUUUACGGAUGCGAUUACAAUCUACAACACUACCUUAGCUGCAUUGCAAUCGGAUCUGGUCAGUCUUAGAUCUCAACAAUCUCCAGUUCAAAGAGCUUCUGUUAUGGUGUUAAGGUUACACUUUGGUGAUGGCCAGGCACUAGCUGAAGAGGAUUUAGUGACUGUUGUUCGAUGGGUGGCUCUCCGAUUUAAAGAUGUGUGGACUUUGCGAAUAUCAAAUGUUAAGAUCGCGCACAAUAUGCAGUUGAUAGCCGACACACGCCACUAUUUAAUUCGUGAUUUGGAGAGGCUUAAAAGCAUCCAACUAGAAGACACUAACUCAUAUAGCCCUCCUGUCGAGGUAUUAGCUAAUGUCUACCAGAUUGGCUCAUUGACUAAUGCCAACAGCCCAGAACUUGCUGUUAUUGCAAUGCCGCAUUCAGUACUAUCGCAACUUGCUACCCACGACGACGAGCAACUUGACCAACUCAUUCCUGCACCCCAGCCUAAUGGUUCAACAACCUCACUUCAAAAGAUCGCAAAGCAUAUUAAGGAGAACCGCCACACCAUGCUCUGCUCUGUUUGUCUUGAUACUCUUUAUAUACCAACCAGGCCAAAAGCGAAUGCGGAAGAGAAUGGAGAGGAGCCAGCCCUCAAAAAGGCUUGCCGUGUGUUCAAUCCUAAAGAGCACUUCACAACGUUUUGCUAUCGCAAGUGUGGCCAUCCGCACUGUGGUAAGUGUCUAAUAAGGGCUCCGCCAGAUGAUAAGUGUCCAAAUUGCCGAAACACAAGUGAUUUUGACGGUAUUGAUUGGCUUAUCAGCGUGCCUCCAGCCAAUCUUAUAUUUGCCCAGGAUAGUACUAAUUUACCAUCUGCUGAUCCUAAUUGGCGUGAUAAGAUGGAUUGCUUGGACGGCCAAGUCUAUUUAUACGUCUCAUAUCGAAGGCCCAGACGUCUUGCCGCUAUGCUUAACGACAACAUAGCCAACCAGCCUCCCAACCGAAUCUACAUCAUUUAA